AUGGACAUGGACCAAGGAUUCUAUCGGAGGGUAGAUGUCCAGGACCACGCUCACUACAUUGUUGCCUUUUUUGUCUUGGUGAUCGGAGCAGUGGGUGUUACUGGGAAUGCCCUGGUCAUGUACGCCUUUUUCUGUAACAAAAAGCUUCGGACUCCCCCAAACUAUUUCAUCAUGAACCUGGCGGUCAGUGACUUCCUCAUGGCUAUAACACAGUCACCCAUCUUCUUUGUCAACUCUCUUUACAAGGGUUGGAUCUUUGGGGAAACAGGCUGCAAGAUGUAUGCUUUCUGUGGGGCUUUAUUUGGGAUCACAUCCAUGAUCAAUCUCCUGGCUAUCUCUGUAGACCGCUACAUUGUCAUCACUAAGCCUCUGCAGGCUAUGCAAUGGUCCUCCAAGAGACGAACGUCCCUCACCAUUGUCCUGGUGUGGCUGUACUCACUAGCAUGGAGCCUAGCACCACUUUUGGGGUGGAGUUCCUACAUCCCAGAGGGCCUGAUGACCUCGUGCACAUGGGACUAUGUGACCUCCACUCCAGCGAAUAAGAGUUAUACCCUGAUGCUGUGCUGCUUCGUGUUCUUCAUACCACUGGGCAUUAUAUCCUACUGCUAUCUGUGCAUGUUCCUGGCUAUUCGCCGUACGAGCAGAGAUGUUGAGAAGCUGGGGACUCAGGUGAGGAAGUCAACCCUGAUCCAGCAGCAGUCCAUCAAGACUGAAUGGAAGUUGGCCAAGAUUGCCUUUGUGGUCAUCAUAGUGUUUGUGCUUUCCUGGUCACCCUAUGCAUGUGUCACUCUCAUCGCCUGGGCUGGAUAUGGAAGCAUCCUCACUCCCUACUCCAAAGCUGUCCCUGCUGUCAUAGCCAAAGCAUCAGCCAUCUACAACCCUUUCAUUUAUGCCAUCAUUCACUCCAAAUACAGGGACACCCUGGCAGAAAAGGUCCCCUGUUUACACUUCCUAGCCCAGGCCCCCAGGAAGGACUGCUUAUCAAUGUCAAACAGUGAGUCCUCCUUCAAGGACUCAGUGCUGAGUAGGCAGUCAUCAGGCUCCAAAACCAAGUUUCAUAGUGUUUCCUCCAUGUCUACAGCAGACACACAGGUGUGGAGUGAUGUGGAGCUAGACCCCAUACAGCAGCAGGGCUAUUCUCUGAGGUCCAGUCGCUCCCAGGGAGCUCUUGGGGAGAAAGAGCACAAACCAUCAGCUCAGCAGAGCAGGGCAAAAGACAGCCAAAGCCAGGAACAGGUAAGGUUGCCACCCCAGAGCAAAGCUCACUGAGCAGAUGUG